GUGCAUCGUUGACAAAGAGGGCUCGUUGGUGGGAACUCGUCGGUGCUUGAGUUGGCGGGAACUCGUGCAUCCGUUGACAAAGCGGGCUUGUUGGCAGGAAGUCCUGCGUCCGUUGACAGAGGGGGAUCGAGAUAACGGGAGGUGCCUCGUGUUUAAAAAGUCGUACUACGUGGGGGAGUUUGACUUCCGGUCCUUCCGGGAACAAGGAGGGCGAGAUGGCUCAGGACAAGGCACGCGCGGGGUCGGACCUGCUGAAGCAGGCUGGCGUGGAGAAGUACGAGGAGACAAAGCAGGCGGCUGGAGAGAAACUGGAGGAAGCGAAAAGGAGCGCUCAGGAGAAAUACGAGAGAGCGAAGGAGGUUGGUUCGGAGAAGUCGCAGGAAGCCAAGGAGGCAGCGCAGGAGAAGCUCGAGAGAGCGAAGGAAGCUGGCUCUGAGAAGACGCAGGAAGCCAAGGAGGCAGCGCAGGAGAAGUACGAGAGAGCGAAGGAGGUUGGCUCCGAGAAGUGGGGAGAAGCCAAGGAGGCAGUUCAGGAGUCGAAGCAGGGGGCUGCAGAGAAAGUGGACGAAGCGAAAAGAAGCGCGCAGGAGAAGUACGAGAGAGGGAAGGAGGUGGCAUCUGAGAAGUCGCAGGAGGCCAAGGAGGCAGCCGAGGAGAAAUACGACGCAGCGAAGGAGACUGCCGCUGAGAAGGCGCAGCAGGGUAAGGAGGCUAUGGAGGAACAGCGACGCCGAGCAGCCGAAGCCAUGGAAGAGUCAAAACAUAGGACCGCAGGCGUAGUGGAAAAUAUAAAGGAGAGGGCGAGUGCGGCUAUGGAGACGUUGAAGGAGAAGGUGGGAAUGGGAGGAGGAAGUGGUCAGGAGACGGCCGCAGAGAAACUGGAGGAAGCACAAAGAAGCGCGCAGGAGAAGCUUGAGAGAGCGAGGGAGGUGAGCUCUGCUGAGUCGCAGGAAGCCAAGGACGCUGCCCAAGAGCGGUACGAGGCAGCGAAGGAGGUCGCCGCCCAGAAAUCGCAACAGGCGAAGGAGGCUAUGGAUGAAGAGCGUCAGCGAGCAGCCGAAGCGAUGGAAGAGUCAAAGCAGAGGUCCGCAGGCGCAAUUGAUACUCUUAUGGAGACAGCAAGUGCGGCUAUGGAGACGUUGAAGGAGACGGUUGGAAUCUGAGUUGGUGGUCCGGAUACCGGGUCUCGACGCUGAGCAGCAUUUCUUCAACGUUCAGACCGGGCGAACGUUAUUGUAUCUCCCGCGCAAACGCGCGUCUCCCCUUCAGGAAGGAAGAGACACCUUCAUACCACGACCGACCGUCAAGUAUUGGCACUAUAUGUAAUGAUAUCCAGCGCUUUGUGCUUCUCUGAGUUAAGUAGAAAUUACUAAAUGGUGACCGUCGUCUCCGCAGAUGUCCGUUCUCUCGUUUAUUUGUUGACGUCAAGAGAGAUGACGGUAGCUGAAAGCAGCAAUGGCAAGGAGAUGGUGAAGUUCUAGUCGCUAUCAUCCCGCGCGUUGUGCUUCUCUGAGUUGGAAGUCUCGUUCGCGAAGUAGAAAUUAGUGGCCGUCUUCUCGGCGGAUGUCCGUCCUCUCGUUUAUUCGUUGACGUCAAGAGAGAUGACGGUCGCUGCGAAUAGGAAUAGCAAGGAGAUGGUGAAGUGACAGGCGCGAUCGUCGGCAGAGGUUGCAGUUUUGAACGAGGAGAUGGUGUCCUGGCUGUAGUGGUUAAGAGACUGGGCUCUGGAGGCGGAGGUCGUCAUAUGGAGUCCAUGCUUGCACGGAGGAGGGCUUAGGGCCAGAUGUACGGAUCCAUAACUGCGCGGUAGUAGCCACUCUUUCCCGCGGUAAUGCCACCAAGGGAUCGUGUUUCUCACGUGUCCAAGUGUCUUGUGGGAGACCGGCAAGACCGGGCAAGUGGCGAUGAAUUUCUUGUACGGUGAUGGUUGUGCCACGAUCACGAUCGCCGGGAGUGCAAUAAGAUGGUGGUCAAUCGAGGGUUAGGGAUUUUUUUUUUAUUUUUUUAUUUUUUUUUUUUUGUUAGAGAUGGCUAAUUCAACGGUUAGUGAAAAUGGUAAUACGACAGGCUGACAGCCAUUCACGCUGUAUACAGUUCGCGAUAGAGAUCGGAAAAAAACAAAUAGGUCGUCUUAUAUUUGUGCCAAGGAGUGUGGAACGUGGUGACAAUGAAGGAAGAAACAGGUUGGGUGAAAAAGAGUGCAACGUGGCCACAAUCUCGUGUAUAAGAAAGAGGUUAAGAGUUGGUUGGAAGAGUUUCUGAUUUGGUUGUUAUGCUUUUGUCUGUUCCGUCCACAAUUUCGUGAAGCCGUGCUCGAAACGCGAUUAGCAAGGAGUGUGGAAUGCGGCUUCCUGUAUUAGUGCAUUGACCUCCUGUUGGCUGUGUGUGAUGGGGCACUUAAAAACGUGUGUGAUGGGCCACGUUAAAAUGUUCAUGAAGUCGCUGGACGUGCGUGGUGGAAUGCGCAGAGAAGUGUUUAUUUUUAUCCCCUUGUGUUUAUUUUCCCCCUUGUCUCAUGGGUUUCCGCGGAUAAAAUCUGUGUGUGAUGGGGCACUUAAAAAUGUUCACGUAAGUCGCUGGACGUGCGUGGUGGAAUGCGCAGAGUAUGCUAGUGGCUCAUGUCUUUUUUUCAUUCUAUUUUUGUCUCAUUGGAGGAAUGAAUGAUACCGUACAGA